AUGUCACCGGAAUUUACCAUCGACCGGGAAUCUCUUCCGUCCGUCUUUCAAGCCCAAUGGCAAUCCAAUCCUGAUCCAACAGCGCUUCCCUUUCCACGUGACAACCCACCUUUCCCCCUCACCGCAAUCGACUGGCACCAGCUCUCCCUUACGGACGCAGAAUUCACACCUCACUCAUGGUCCAACCUACACGAACUCAUCUCUGCAAACCAACUCGAAGAACUCAAACGCUGGCCCAGCUCCCUCAAAGCGUAUCUCGCAUGGACGGCGCACGCCAAAGCAAAAUACGGCAGCAUAAUGGCGUACCUACUCGACCAACGCCUUCACUGGCAGCCCAUCGGGGAUGACUCAGGUGCGCUGCGCUUCGAUGUCGUCAAUCCCGUCCCUUUUGCCGAUACGGCAGACUUCAAGAUCCUGCGAAACGACUGGACGUACGCAUUCGAAGACGGUAUCACGCACAUCGUUGUAUGGCUCAAACAGCGGCUCCCCGUUGAUGAAGAGGGCGCGCUGAGUACCGAGGGCAAGCAAAUGGUGGAUGCAUUUGUGAAUAAGGAGUUUCGGGUCAAGUCCGGUGAGGAGAUCAAGGGCGACAAGGUGAUUUGGUUCAAGAAUACCACGAAUUUGCAGAGUGUGCGGAGUUUGGAACAUGUGCACGUUUUGGUGAGGGGGGUAGAGGCAAGGGUGUUGGAGGGGUGGAUGAGGUGA